AUGUCAUUUUUCCCCUUGUUAAUCCCAACACACCUCCCCGCCCCUACCUGCAGCACCAGGUCGUCUGCCGUCGUGCGGAUGGCUGAACCUGACUCCGACGCUGGUGAGGGAGUUGGCGCGAUACGAACGCACGACCAUCGCGCCGCCAUCUCCAAGACCCCGAAACAGCAUACGUGGGUACUUUAA